GCCAAAGAACGGCAUGCUGACCAUUCCAGUACUUUCUGCCCUGUGAUUUCCUGACCCGUGUCUUCUUAUAAAUACAGGGGCAGAGCUGGUGUCAGAGCUGGUGUCAGAAGGCAGCAAGCCCAGGAAGCCUCGGGCCAUCUCUGCUUGCCCCCAGGAAGAUGAAGGUCUCCGUGGCUGCCCUCUCCUUCUUCAUCCUGGCUGUUUCCCUUGGAUCCCAGGGCCGGGUCAUCCAGGAAUUAAGAGAAUCCCUGCUGAUGGACCUUCAACAUGAAUCCAAUGUUCUACACAGCUUACACCAUGCCCCUGACUGCUGCGUGUCCUACACCCCCCGAAACAUCCGAUGUGUAUUCAUGGAAGAUUAUUUUGAAACGAGCAGCGGGUGCUCCAAGCCAGGUGUCAUCUUCAUCACCAAGAGGGGGCAACGUGUGUGUGCCAACCCCAGCAGUAAUCAUGUUCAGAAUUGCAUGGAACAGCUGAAGGGAGACCACUGGGUAAAGAAGCUGGAACAAUGAAACUUGUGAAAAGGGAGCCAAAGCGCCACCCCACUUCCAACGCUCUUGUCCCAAGUACCUCCUGGAACUUUCUCGGCCUGAAUUAAUUUAAAAAAAAAAAAAUUUAUUGCUUUGUUACAAUUAUAAAGGUAAUACAUCUAAUAAAGAAUAUUCGAUUUAACUCUACUUGAAUUUUAAGAGGAAAAAGAAAUGGAAAUAAAACUGCCCAAUUCUC